CUAGGCACUUCCCGCCUCCCGGGAGAGGGCGGAACCUGGAGUAACCUCUCGAGGAGAGGCGCGGGUGUGUAGGCUGACGGAGGAGCGGGCCUGAGCCUGUGGCCUCACAGAGUCAAACCUGCUCUGGGAAGAACACCCAGUUGUCCCUCCCAGGCCACCCAAGCCCCACGGAUGAUGGACGAGAGGGAGGAGGAGGAGGAGGAAGAGGAAGCCUGGCUGCAGCUUCGGCCCGUGGAACCCUUGCCCUCCCAGUGCUGUGGCAGUGGCUGCUCACCUUGUGUGUUUGAUCUCUAUCACCGAGAGCUGGCGAGGUGGGAGGCAGCGCGAGCCAGCAAAGACAGGGGCCUGCUGAGUGGAGAGGAGUCACAGAGCUGCCCUUCCAAGCUGAACCCAGAGACCUUCCUGGCCUUCCGCAUCAGUGCCGUGGACAGACUCACCAAGGACACUUACCGUGUUCGGUUUGCACUACCCAGGAACAGCCGGCUCGGCCUGCGGCCUGGACAGCACCUCAUCCUACGAGGGAAAGUGGAUGACUUAGAAAUUCAGAGAGCCUAUACGCCCAUCAGCCCUGCCAACGCGGAAGGAUACUUUGAAGUUUUAAUCAAGUGCUACCAGACUGGGCUGAUGUCCCGGUACGUCGAGUCCUGGAGCGCAGGAGACACCGCUUUCUGGCGAGGUCCAUUUGGAGACUUCUUCUAUAAACCAAACCAGUACGGUGAGCUCCUCAUGCUGGCUUCGGGCACUGGCCUGGCCCCCAUGGUGCCUGUCCUGCAGAGCAUAACAGACAAUGCAGAGGAUGAGACUUUUGUCACCCUGGUCGGCUGCUUCAAGACCUUUGAGGGCAUCUACCUGAAAACCUUCCUCCAGGAGCAAGCUCGUUUCUGGAAUGUCCGUACCUUCUUUGUACUCAGCCAGGAGAACUCUCCGGAGCAGCUUCCCUGGAGUUACCGGGAGAAGACCCGCUUUGGCCGCCUGGCCCAGGACCUGAUUGAAGAGCUGGUUGGCUCCUGUCGGAGAAAGCCGUUUGCAUUGGUCUGUGGCUCAGCAGAGUUUACCAAGGACAUGGCCAGAUCUGAGCCUGUCACUCCCUUGCUUCAAAUCCUUCAGCUGCUCCCUGUUGACCUGGGAUGCGGCAUCUCAGCUCUGCCUGCCUCUCCAGACUCUGUCCUGUCCUCACCCCCCCGCCCCCACCUCGUAGGUUGUGCACGGAUACACUUGCUCUCGCGCCAGCGCAUCCCUUCACGUUUGCUGCUCUCUGUGUCUGGGCCAUCCCUCCACCCUUCCCACUUCCGCUUGCCUUUGCCUCCUGGUCCCUUGAGGACUUAGCUCGGUACCCCUCCCUCUCUGAACCUGUGCCUGCUCCCACCACUCCGGGCUCCGUUAACGAGCAGGUUCUAUGUUUCCUGCUCCUGCUGCACCUCUCAGACCGUCCGGUCUGCACGUGAGCAUACCAUGGGCCUGUGCACGGUGUCCCAGCGUGGGAAGGCGUGCAGUACAUCCUGAGUGCCAAAUAUCUGCAUAACAAACCACGGAUAUUCAUGGGUACCUUACGGGUUGCAAAAUGCAUCUCAUCUCUGCCAAAGCACCUAAUGGUCACCAAAAUGCAUACUAUUUUAUUACCCCAGCCUACUGAUGAGGAAAACCAAGCUUCCACGACAUUAAGCAAUUCUACAGGGUCAUGUAGGGGUGCAUAAAUUCCAACGCGCUGCAGUUGUUAUAAAGGUUAUAUGUGACACAUGAGUACACCAGGAGAUGUGUGUAAAGGGCUUCAUUGCUGCACUGUAUGAAACAGCAAAGAAUCAAAACUACCCAUGUGUCCAUCAAUAAGAGACUAGAAAAAUAAACUUCUAUAUUCACACAGUAAAAUAACAUAUAGCAGCUAAAACGAACUAGACCUACAUGUGUCAGCAUAGACUCAAAAAAUAAAAACCCAUAAUAAUGGAGUGGAAGUCAAGUUGUAGAAGGAAGGGUACAGUGAGAUACCAACACUCUGAAAGUUAAAAAACGCAAAACGAUGCCAAAUGCUCAGGAAGGGGCUAACCAACUUUAAGGAUGGUGGUGACCUCUGGGGAUAGCGUGGGGUGAGGGCUUUUCUUUUGAUGUCUGCAUCACUUCAAUAUAAAACCAUUUGAACUGAGUAUGGCAAAAUAUGAACAUCUGGUGAAUCUGGGUGAUGGGGUCACUGAUGUCUGCUUUUCCUGUGUUUGAAAUGGUUCCAUAAUUAAAGCUUUAAAAAGGAAGACUAAA